AAAAUAUCGACAACUAUUUAAAUUUAUUUGCAGCACUUCUUUAACUUUUCACUAGAUGUAUUUUAAAUGAAAUUGCGAAACAAAAAUGACAGAGUUGAUGUGGAAAUUACGUCCACCCAUGUAAACAACUGAGCGGAUUUUCAGGGCACGCGCGCCUAAGAUGCGUGCGCGCACCCCUGGUCUUUCGGACGCUGCGUGUUGGCGAAAUGUUUUUGGUGUUUAUUUGAAGAAAAAUGUCCUGCUCGUACGUGGAACUACUAUUGCGGCCGCUGUUUCGUUCAAAAAACUAUAAAGAAAUAAUGCGUAAGAUAAGACGUAGGUGAGGGAUGUCGGGAUAAGACGGUCAUGUGGUGUAGAAGAAAGAAGAGGAACAUAACAUCGGAAUGCCACAGGCUGUCUCACUGCUGUCCCUCCUGCUGCUUGUAGGAUAUGUUUUUGCAGGGCUCAGUAUCUGGCCUUCCUUCCACGUAGCCCUCAGCAAUGGCAGUGUAUUUGUGGACUUCAACACAAAAUCCAACGGCAGCACCAUCCGCAACAUGACCCUCUCUCUGGUCAACAUGGAGACCAACACCACGGUUCUAACCAGGACCCUUGACCGCAGUCAUCUGGUUGGAAGGGUGGAGUUCGAUUGUUCCUGCUUCCUGUAUGCGGGAACUUUCCGGUUUCUGCUGAGGCAGACCAGCAUCACAGAGGUUAAUCACGCUAACAGAACGGACGGCACCAGCACAGAGAGCUCGACCUGGUGGUGGAGUUCUGAGCUACAAGUGCAGUGGCCCACCUUUCAUAUUGCUGUGGAGAGAGCAGGAAACCACUCAGGAUCUUUUCAGGUUGGGAUAUCUACAAAUGAACAGUUUCAGGCAUGCUCCAGUGACAUCAACUCUGCACUCUUCUUAGAAGUGAGCUACAUGGAGUACAACCAGAUAGGAAGAAACACCUUUGACAAAGUUCGAGCUCGCACAAGGAAAGAAAUCAAACCCCUCCAUUCCCAGAGYGUUGAGCUGUCCUGUGCAUUCCCAUUCACUGAGAAGGACUUUAUAAAAGUGGCUCUGACAUCUCCUCAUACACCACAAGAAGUGAAGAGCUCUGGACCUCUCUACCUGUCUCGCAUUUUCUCUUAUAAGCUGCUGGUGGAAAAUGCCAACGCUUACAAGAGCGGCUGUGAGGGAACGAUGACUGUUAAAAUGGUUACGCCACCGUGUGCUCACGUCAGCGGGAAGGUGUCGCUGCACAGUGAUGCGGGUGCUGCUGGAAGAGGCGUCGCUGCCUCCGCAGUGAUGGAGGAACCUUCUCCUCCUCCUCUGGCCUUCAACUGGCUGACUCAGGGAGAGAAUGAGACUGAGUUUAACUGCUCCGUGUUUUACCCGGGAAAAAACAAGUACUGCUUUCGCUUUUUUUUCAACUUCAGCCGCUCCCCUAGCCCAGCACAGACAUGUCUGGUAGUUUACAGGAGUGCAGAAUCUUGGGGUCCCUGGCAGCCGUGGAGCGUGUGCAGCGUGAGCUGUGGGGAUGGGGUGAGGGAGCGAGUGCGCGAGUGUUUACUGCCCUCGGGUGCACGAGGGAUGCAAUGCACAGGGAUGGUGAAGGAGCAGUCUGUGUGCUCACUGGAGGACUGCAACGUGUUAUCUUCUCCUUCUCCAUCUUUCUCCCCCGUACCUGUUGGAGUCAAACCCCUUGAUGGAAACAUGAUUGUUGUGGUGGGUAUUUUCCUCUGCUUGGCUGUGAUCGCGGCUACCGUUGUGGUGACUGUGUGGAAAAAGCUCUGCCGCACGCCUCAGUGCAGCUCGGCUCAUAGAGGUUCCAUGCAUUCYGCUGGGGGGCGCAAGCUUUCAGACGAGGCCUCCAUCUGUGGCCACAGUCUCCAAAGGCCCAGCUUGUGCGACGGCCAUGGCCCRUCAGGGGACAUCGGUUCUCAGAAAGACAGGCCCGCCUUCGGAWCUCAGCCUCUCACGCCACAGGUGCUGCCGCUUUCACCGGAUUCAGAAAGGUUGUCUCCUACAGGCCAGAAGGUUUUACCAACAAUAUUUGGGUACCGGUUGGCACAGCAACAGUUAAAAGAGAUGAAGAAGAAGGGGUUAAAAGAGGCCACGCAGCUGUACCAUGUCUCCUCAAGCCCUGUCCAUGACACCUUAGAAGCAUCUGCCUCACCCACUACCUCCUCUUUUCCCACGCCGACAGGACUUGCUCAUUCUGCCCUUCCUUCUGAUCUCAAGGACAAUGUUAACCAGAAUCAACUUUGCAUUGCUACUCCUUUAUCAGAGCUGUCACCGCAGACCUCAAAAGUUACAUCAGACAGACUGAGUCCCAGAGUGGAGCUUCUUUUAGGCCCGCCUGUCCCUGCUCAUUCCAGCGGGAGGAGCUCUAAUUGGCGAGAACGCACUGCGGAUUGGGUGGAAAUGGUCGAGAGGAGUGGAUUAGCAGGCCUAGGAGGAGGAGGAGACGCUUCAUCAGGAAACACCUACCAUAAGAAUCCAAACUUCAGGCGCACCUCAAGUUUUAAUGACACCAAACCCCAGCUGAUGUCCUCAGCUCAGGCCAGACAGUUCAGAGAAAGAAGCAUGACCCAGGUGGGAUCUCGGACGCUUCCAGAAGGAAGUUGUUGGACCGGCAGAGGAUGGGAGAGACAGCCACAUCGUUCAUACCCCAUUCCAGAGCACGCAGUCUCAGAGUGGGCUAAAGCCAGACCCCAGGCAAACGACCAGAAGAAGCCCUGGAUAGAAACAGCAGCUCCUUUACACAAUAAUCAACUCAAACACACAGGGACAAACACAAAUAGCUUAUCAACACCUGAAAAACUUGCUGAAACAAACUUCAGGGGCACUGCAGAAAGGAAAAAGUCUGGUGAGCCAGAAGGUGGACGUGGAGAAUCAGUCUCAGGGAUCGGAGGUCCACCCUCAGGAUUUCCCAGAUCUCAUGAAGUGAACAAACUGAAUGUGGAUCGAGCUGAACAGAACUGGAACCGCCGUGGUCCGUCACCUAUCCAAAGAAACAUGCUGGCUCGGAAACUGAAAGAGGCUCAGUCCUGCUCGGGAGUCAAAGGGCGCAAGCGCAGCGCCAGCUUCGGUGUGUUGACGUCUUCUCAGCAAAGGAAAGACUGGUGCCACUCUCUACCAAAGUCUCGAAUCUACAACAGUGGUGUCUCUCCCUACAGUUUAAGCGAGGCAGAACAGAGGAUGCUGGACUUGGAUCUCUCACCAGUAUUUGUACAGGAAGAGGAAAAGAAUACAUGAGAGGAACCAGUAACAUUUUUCAACACUCUUCUAAUAAUCUAUGUAUCCACAUAGCAGUUAAUAAUAUAUGAUAAUGUUACAUAUUCCUAUUUGAAGAUAUUCAAAGUUUUAGGAAACUCUUUUUCAGUUUGUUUUGAAUUCUCUUUUUAAAUGAAAACUUUGCAAAUCA